GCUCGUCCAAUCAGCAACUGCUAAGAUCCGUGGUGGAGGGCGGUCUUAGCCACUGGCGUUUUAAUGUAUUUUGGCGGUUAUGCGGAAAACAUGGCGCAAAUUUUGAAAGAUUGCUGCGUACCUUGCAAGAUAACUUCGGAUGAGCUAGAGGCGCUUUGCCGUGGGGAGAGGCUGUACUGUCAAGAGCUUAAUGUCAACAGAGCCAAUGUCAAUGACUAUGAAGUGGAGUUUCUCUGUGAUUACAAGAGGACCAGGGAGGGAGAAGAGUUCUACUUUGUUAAGUGGAAAGGCUUCUCAGAAUCUGUCAAUACGUGGGAACCCAAAAGGAACCUCAAAUGUCCAAAACUCAUGAAACUCUUCCACCUGGACCUGGAUCAAAUCCUGAAGCGCCAAAAGGGGCGUGGCCUCCCCAAGAGGUUGGAUAAAGAAACUGUCUCGAUCCUGAUUCAGAAAGCCAAACUCCGUCAGAGUCUGCAUCAGUGGGAAAUCCAUUUAAACAAGACUCGCAAUCACCCGGGCCGCAUUUUUGUCAUAAACGAAGUGGACCUAGACGGCCCUCCAAAACACUUCACCUACAUUAACAACUACAAAGUCGGUCCAGGCAUCGUGAUCAACGAAAUGGCCGUCGGCUGCGAAUGCACGGACUGCGUGAACGAGCCGGUGAAUGGCUGCUGCCCGGGGGCCUCGCUCCAUCGGAUGGCCUACAACGACAGGGGUCAAGUACGGAUCCGGCCGGGACAGCCCAUCUACGAGUGCAACUCCAGAUGCAGCUGCGGUCCCGACUGCGCCAACAGAGUGGUGCAGAAAGGCAUCCAGUUCGACCUGUGCAUCUUUAAGACGGAGAACGGCCGCGGCUGGGGCGUCCGCACGCUGCAGCACAUCAAGAAGAACACAUUUGUCAUGGAGUAUGUUGGAGAGAUCAUUACGACAGACGAAGCAGAGAAGAGGGGCCAUUUCUACGACUGCCAGGGCUCUACGUACCUGUUUGACCUGGACUAUGUGGAAGAUGUUUACACUGUGGAUGCAGCUCACUUAGGAAACAUUUCCCACUUCGUCAAUCACAGCUGUAACCCAAACCUGCAGGUCUUCAAUGUGUUCAUUGACAACAUUGACGAGAGGCUUCCCAGAAUCGCUUUAUUUUCAACACGGGCGAUUCGUGCUGGAGAAGAGCUGACGUUCGACUACAAGAUGCAAAUUGAUCCAGUGGACACAGAAAGUACCAAAAUGGACUCCAGUUUCAGUCUAGCAGGACUCCCUACGUCACCAAAGAAAAGGAUUCGAGUGGAGUGUCGCUGUGGAUCAGAAUCCUGUCGAAAGUAUCUGUUUUGACAGAGGACUGCAAAGGAAGUUGCCUUAAAACAAAGAAAUGACAGCUGGAGUUAAAGUUUUUUUUUUUUUCUAAUAGACCACUGUCUACUUCUGAUAUUUUCACAUGGAAAAGUUUUAAUACAUACAGUGGUGUAGUUGUUUUCCACCAUAAACUCCAGCUUCUGCUGUUAAAUUUUGAUUCUGCUUUAGUCUGCCUGUACAACUGAGUAUUUUAAACCCUGCUUUAAAACGCAGUUUUACAGACUGUCAGCCUUAACAGCAUUUAUAAAUGUUCUUCUGAGAGCAGUGACGGAAACCAAAUGAAACAAAGAUGAAUUUCAUUCCAUCUGUUACGCUGCAGCUGUUUUGAUUUUGGCAUUUAUCAACAGAAUUGCUGAAGGGUAAAUUCACAAGUCGUUGGAAGCUCUUAUAUUUGUGCUUGAAAUGUGUUUGGACUUUAGAUUGACAUUAAAUUUAAGUCAUAACUGAA